AUGGCUCCGCUUGCAGAAAACCUGGGAAUCCUUCAGAGCAGCAGGGAAAAAUGCACGGGAGACAAGGUCAAACGCGCUGAAGGGGAUCCGGCGCUGAGCCGGGAUGCAUUAGACGGGUUUGAAGGGGAGCGAGGACAGGAUGGGGAACAGAAGCCGGGAUCCUGCAAACCGCAUCGGAGCCCUGCAGCGGGCACCAAGCCCGGCAGGAACGUGACAGGACAGACGGACCGAGGGACAGGGAGCCUGACACCUGCGCAGGGAAAGUUGCUGCUAACGCAACCCGAGAGAGGAAUAAAGAACUACUCUAACUGGCCUACCAUCCCGCAAGUGUACCUCAAUGGUGAAUUUGUUGGUGGUUGUGAUAUACUCCUUCAGAUGCAUCAGAGUGGAGAUCUAGUAGAAGAGCUGAAGAAGUUAGGAAUCCGCUCAGCACUUCUCGAUGCAGAAAAAGACCAAGACAAAAAGUAAAACAAGCAAAAAGAUGCAGUUACAGGAAUAAAGAAAGUCUUUGACAAGAACUUGUUACCAGAAAAGCCUUAUGUACCUUUUCCUCAAAGAAAGCAUCUUUUUGUACUGACACUAAGAUUAUCUGUGAAUGUGAGUUAGCUUGUGGUAAAUGUGUAGUAAUUGUGGUAUUCUGAUUUAUGGAUAUUGUUGUGAAAAUUUGAGUGUAACCACUGCACUAUAAAGCAUACAUUUGUGGAAAUAGUGCAAAAAAGUUCAUAUCUAAGAGGAUUAUCUUCCGAAAGGCAAGAGUAAACCAAAAGAUCUAACAUUAUUUUAUGGAUUGUGUAUGUUUUCUUGUUCUUUGAUACAUGAACCUACGCAAACAUUGUUUGCAGUUCUCUUGCUUCUCUUGAAAAAGUGUUAUCUAAUAGUACAUCAGCUGUUUUUUUGGGUAGACACCUGGUGAUAAGACUUCCCAAGAGUCUGUAAAAUUUCUGUAACCUCCUACAGAAUAGGAGAAAACCAGUCUUCAAACAAUACAGAAGAAAACAAUGUGAGAGUGCAUGAAAUAAUGCUUUUAUUCCAAAGGGUAAAAAUAAACACACUAGUACAAAUACAUGUAUGGUGGUCGUUAUUGCUUUGUACCUUGCUGAUGGCUUUUAAAAAGACUGCUGAUAAUUGUGCCUAAAAAAUUUUAUAAAAUCUUUUCUACCUCUUGCAAAGUGUCUUUCCCCCCUGCUUAUGUGCAUUUUUAUAUUGUACUUUCUGUAUCCAUGCUAAAAAUGUGGUAAUUGCUCAAGGCUUCAGUCUACUUGCUUGGCAUAGCACAGGAGGAGAAGAGUUCAGUUACUUACUGUAAUCUGAUACUACUCACUGGUUACCAAGUUAUCUCUUUAGAUUUGUUGCAUUUCCUAGUAUUUUCUCCUGACUGCUGUACUUCA